GCCGGAAUAGCCAGGCCGCGGGAGGAGCCGGGGAGCGAGGGGGAGGGACUUCCAGUGUUUGUAGUCGAUCGAUCGAGCCGAGGAGAAGCAGGCUGCUGGAUCCGCGAGCUGGGGAGAGCGACCCCCGACAGUUGCCUGGACCUGACCCUGCAGAUUCACACUUGGAUAAUCUUCGUGCUGUGGCCUCUUGUAUCUAACCCUGGAUGGCCAACUGGGAGAUACUGCAAGGGCUAGACCAGCCCUUCCAAGAGCAGCUACAUGAACUUUAUUCAAAGAGUCUCUUGCCUAUGGACGUACGGAAACACCUAGCAUCCUGGAUUGAGGACCAAAACUGGUACCAAGCAAUCACGAGUCCUGACACGUCUCAUGCUUAUCUGCUCUUCCAUCAUCUCCUAGACCAACUGGGCUCCCAAUCUAAUGGCUAUAGUCAGGAUUCUGACCUGCUACUGCAGCAUAACUUAAGAAAGUUCUGCCGGGAUAUUCAGGCUUUGUACCAGGAUAAUCCCACACAGCUGGCUGGACUAAUUUAUAAUCUGCUGCUCGAGGAAAAAAAUAUCCUGAACCAGGCUCAGAGGACCCAGCAGGACCAUGAAGACCCGAGUCCUGAAGUACCCAUGGAGACAAGACAGCAACAGGAAAUUGAGUCUCGGAUCCAGGAAUUGAAGGACAUGAUGCAGAAACUGGUUAAGGAUGUUUACUACCUGAGUGACCUACAGGACGUUUUCUCUUUUCGGUAUAAGACACGGAACACCUCAGGGAAGACAUCUUCCAUGAAUUCUAACCAGGCCAAGCAACAACAGCUCCUGCAGGAAACACUCAAUGAACUGGACCGAAAAAGGAAGGAGGUGUUGGAUGCCUCCAGAGCACUGUGUGGUCGAUGUGCCACUCUGAUUGAGCUCCUACUGCAGGAGCUAGGGGAGUGGAAAGAUCACCAACGAAAGGCCUGCAUUGGGGCCCCCUUGGACCAAAGCUUGGAUCAGUUAGAGAGCUGGUUCACAGCUGGAGCAAAGAUACUAUUCCAGCUAAAGCAACAGUUGAAGGAACUUGAGAAUUUGAGUAACUUAAUCACCUAUGAGAAUGAUCCUCUGAAAACCAAGCUGCCUUUACAGGGGGUCACAGAAUUGCUACAGCUUCUGCUCCACAGUGCUUUUGUAGUGGAAUCUCAACCUCACAUGCUUCUGCCUAUCAAACGACCGCUUGUCCUCAAAACUGGGAAUAAGUUUUCUGUCCAAACACGGCUCUUGGUGAGGCUGCAGGAUUCAAAUGAGCCCCUGACUGUACAUGUCUCCAUUGACAAGAAUGCUCCUCAAAUGAAAGGUAGUUUUCGAACAUUCAACAUCCUGACCUCAGAACGGAAAACUUUGACACCAGAGAAGGGGAAAAGCCAAGGCUUGAUCUGGGACUUCCACUGCCUGACUCUAAAGGAACAGAAAACAAGUGGCUCUGGGAAGGGCAGCCGCGAGGGACUGCUCGUUGUGACCGAGGAACUUCACAUCAUUAACUUCAGCGUCAAAUACUCCUACCAGGAUCUGAAGUUGGAGUUGAAGACCAAUAGUCUUCCUGUGGUGAUCAUCUCCAACAUCAACCAACUUCCCAGUGCUUGGGCCUCUGUGCUCUGGUUUAAUCUGCUCAGUCCUGAUACCCAGAACCAGCAGUUCUUUUCCAGCCCCCCCAAGGCUCCAUGGACAGUGCUGGGCCCAGCCCUCAGCUGGCAGUUCUCUUCCUGUACCGGCCGAGGCCUUGACCAAGAACAGCUCAAUAUGUUAAAGAAAAAGCUGUUGGGACAAGAGCAUAAGAAAGAGUCUGAGUUGUUGGUGUCCUGGCCUGCUUUCUCCAAGCAUGACAGCCCUCCUGGGAAGCUGCCUUUCUGGACGUGGCUGGACAAGAUCCUGGACCUGGUGGACAGCCACCUGAAGGAUAUCUGGAAAGAUGGGCACAUCAAGGGCUUUGUGACCCGUGCCCAGGCACUUCGGCUGCUGAAGAAGAGUUUGCCGGGAACCUUUUUGCUGCGAUUCAGUGAGACUUCCCUAGAGGGGGGCAUCACCUGUUCAUGGGUGGAGCAUCAGGAUGACGACAAGGUGGUUCUCCAAUCAGUACAGCCCUAUACUAAAGAAAUUCUGCAGUUACUCCCCAUUACGGAAAUCAUACGGAAUUACCAGUUACUGGCAGAGGAGAACGUACCUGAGAACCCGCUGUGCUUCCUUUACCCUGGUAUACCCCGGGAUAAAGCUUUUGGGCCCUAUUACCGUGAGAAAGUAGAUCUCACGAAACACAGGAAAUAUUUAAGUCGGGAACUCAUUGUAGUAUCCAACAGGCAAGUCAGCGAUGUGCAGUCACCCUUUCCGGUGUCAGAACUGGAAGAACUGGACUUGAAUCAGGAGUUGCUUCCAGAGUUGAAGCAGGAGCCUGAGCUUCCCUUUGACUUGCAGAACCUAGGAAAGGACCUGAUAACUCUAAAUAUGAAUGAUAUUGAAGCUCUGAAUAAUGAACUGACCUGUGAUGCUAUCCUGCUCAAAGAUGACCCAGUGUUACCUAUCCUGCCCCCUGGAGAUGAGGCCCCUUUCUCCUGAGCCACUUUUUAAUGGAUGGAUCCUCUACUUAUGAUUUUCCUAAUUAUUAGGAAUAAAAUUUCUACUCCUCUCCUUUGUUUGGUAGAGAUCAAUAGCCUGUUUUUUGUUUGUUUUGGGGGAAGGGAGAUAGAAUUAAGAAAAGGAAGAAACAAAGUUUCACAGUUUCCUUUUCUCCUAUGCCCAGUAUUGAAUUGUUGUUUUUCCCCCUGUGAAAUACUGUAUACCCAGUUUUUCUUUGUAAAGGAUGAGCUUUGUCUGCCUUAUUUUACUCUGUGAGGCUCUCUCCCAAAAUGGAAGUGGAGUGGAUAAACCCAAUAAGAACUUGGUUCUCUAGUCAUUUGAAGUUUACAAAGCACUUUUCUCAUUAAUAGUAGCCACUCUGUGAAGCAAAUAGAGGUCCUACUGUAUUCAUUUUACAGAUAGGGAUUUAUCCGUGGUCAUGCAGCUCUGUGACCUCAACCCCAGAACUCCUGAUUCUGUUGUGUGCUCUUCCUGUGCUGCUUUCCUAUCUUGUAUUUGCUCUUGUUACCCUUGGAAAAAUCUCACAUGUGCACUUUGAUAGCUGGAACCACUUAAUACAGCUGACUAAGGCUUUGAUAACAAAUAAUGUUGGCAGCCAAGCAGGUUCUGAUAUUAUGAUGGUUACCCAGUAUAAGAGCAAAGCCAAUACAAUAAACUAUGUUCUUUUAUAGC